AUGGCUUUCAAUAACACUUCCUUUCAAAUACCUACCACGUCAUCCCGACAACCUGCCCAACUUCCUAUCAACGAGCAGUUAGACCUUUUCCGUGAAGCACUCGGUCGUAACCGCACUUUAGCGGAGAUUUUACGUCGCGCUUCCGCAAUAGAUCUGCCUGAGUGGUACCUAGCUUCUGGGUGCCUAUUUCAAACCGUCUGGAACGUGGUUACUGGACAAGAUCCUGAAGCUGGUAUUGCUGACUACGACUUGGUUUAUUUCGACAGUAGCGACGUAUCGUGGGAGGCAGAGGAUACGGUCAUCCAGAACGGGCAUAAGAUCUUUGCAGACUUGCCCGCUCCGGUGCAGAUCCGUAACCAGGCAAGGGUUCAUUUGUGGUAUAAAGAAAAGCUCGGAAUAGUCUGCCCACAGCACAAUUCAGUUGAGGCCGCGAUUGCUACUUUUCCAACGACAACCGCAUGCCUUGGUGUCCGUUUGCUACCAAAUGGAGAAUGGCGAAUCUAUGCACCACAUGGCUUUUCUGAUUUAUUCAACCUUGUCGUACGCCCUAAUCCACUGCUUACUCCACGCCAUGUGUAUGAGACAAAAGCCGAGCGAUGGCAGCGUCAGUGGCCUAGGCUUACCGUUUUUCCUUGGCCACAGGAGUCGUCGAAAGACUCCGGAAUAAAGACAGUUCUCUCUCUUACUUCUCAUGUCCCCGAAUUAGAUCAUGCUAAGGGCGAGAGGGGGUUGAAGUCGGUGGAGCGUGACUCCUGA